AUGCGACGCGAAACAUUUGUCGUAUUUUUUGAUCGUGCGCAUCGUAUCGGUCAAAAGAAACAAGUUCGGGUGUUCCGUUUCAUCACUGAAAGUACCGUUGAUGAGCGUAUCAUUGAAAGGGCAGAGAUGAAGUUGCGACUCGAUUCUAUUGUCAUUCAACAGGUGCGUAUUGGCUGCAUUUUAGUCGACUGCGUGAUGUCUUUGUUAUGA